GAUUGAAGAAAAUGGUGGACAAUUUCCCGACUAAAUAUGCAAUUUACACUUUAUAGAAAAUCGUGGACUUUGACAAUGGUACGGAAUUGCCGUUUUUCUCUCCGCUCGUUGUUAGACCUGAAAAUCUCAGUGUUAGGAUUCGAACCAGGCCCAAGACUCAGGCGUGACCUCCAGGAAGAAAAGCUCAUUCGGAAUCGUCGCAACCAUCUCGAUAUCCCAUUCCCCAACUGGUGUAGACCAUAGUUUAGAUCUAUGAAAUGCAAUUACCACCGCUCUUUGUCAUUGUGAUCGUUCUGAAAAGGAUGAAGUAUAAGAAAGAGGAAGAGGAGGCAGUACUAGUGUUGAAUGCUGAGUCAAAUAUCCUCUGUUAAUGCUGAUAUUGUUUGUGUAGUAUACCAAAGAACUUAAUCAACUCAUGAACAGCGAGUACUGAAAUUGCAGUAUGCAUUUUUGUACCCAUUGGACUUGAGGUAGAAAAUUUCUCCCAUCGAUUUUCUGCAAAUUGGUAAGCUUAUAUUAACAUUGCCUAUUUGCACUAGUUUGCUCCAUUCUUGUGUCUUAUCAGUGUUUUAAAUCCUAAAAUGGUAUAGAGUUGAAACGUGAUGAAAUUAAACGGUUAAGCUGUUUCAAUAUUUUGUUUUUCCUUUGCUUUUUGUUCGAAUUUAAUAACUCCAUGAGUUAUCCGAAUCCCAAUUACCGAAAUGGGAUAUGUUAUCAGGUAUGAAGGCUCAUCCCUGUUGUCAUGUAUAAUAAAGCUAUAAACCGCAAGGGCAUUCCUGAUAUUGAAGCAUCAUAUGGCCAUGGAUAACCAUCGAAUAAGAUUUGGUGCAAAGCAGUUUACCAACAAGACAUAACGACAAAUUGUUGAUUGUCAUCCAUUGGAAGGUCUUGAGAGCAGACUAGAAGGCUCUCACAAAACAAGGGGGAAACUCUCACGUAGAAGGGUAAAACUCUCACAGAAUCUUGAGUAAAAAAACGAAAUCAAACUGAAAAAGCCCUCCAUCAAAUGCUUUUUUUUUGUUAGUGAAGAUAUGUUUUCUAUGUCGUUCUCGUUAAAAGUGAGAUGGGACUAUUUAGCACCUUCAAAAGUAGAACGGGUGUUGCAAUGGGGACUGUUUAACUAAUUGGUGGCAAAACUAUGUUCAAUCUGAAAUGGGUUUUAUUACAUUCAGUCGAAGACUGUAAGAACUUAAGGAUCUUUAGACAAAUUCAUGCUCAACUGGUAACAUCAGGAUUAGUUUGCGAUGACUUCGUCACAAGCAAAGUGAUAGAAUUCUUUGCUAAUUUUGUUGAGUAUGGUGAUUAUGCCUGUGAUUAUUUAAAACAAGGCAGCACUCGCUUAGGUUCAUUUCCAUUCAACUCACUGAUUAAUGGGUAUGUUGGUGAAUUGCCACAAUUGGCGGUUUCAGUUUAUAGAAGGAUGGUGAGAGAUGGGUUUGUGCCUGAUAUGUUUACUUUUCCAGUCCUUCUGAAAGCAUGCUCUAACUUUUCAGGGAGCAGAGAAGGCAGACAGAUUCAUGGUGUGGUGGUUAAAUUGGGGCUUUUGGCUGAUCAUUAUGUGCAAAACUCACUGAUUUGUUGCUAUGGAGCUUGUGGGGAUUUUUCUUGUGCAGGUAGAGUGUUUGAUGAAAUGCUUGUUCGAGACGUUGUUUCGUGGAACAGUUUGAUAUCUGGGUUCAUGAAAGUAGGGCAUUUUGAUGAGGCCAUUUCUUUGUUUUUUAGGAUGGAUGUGGAGCCAAGCAUCGCAACUUUAGUCAGUGUGCUUGCUGCUUGUGCAAGAAAGGGAGACUUGUGUAUGGGGAAGGGAAUUCAUGGUGUGAUUGAGCGAAGGUUUAAGUUGAAUUUAAUACUAGGCAAUGCAAUGCUAGAUAUGUAUGUAAAGAAUGGAUGUUUGUAUGAAGCUAAGAAAAUAUUUGAUGAACUCCCAACGAGAGAUAUUGUGUCUUGGACUAUCAUGAUCACUGGAUUGGUGCAGAGUGACCAUCCAAAAGAGUCCCUGGAACUGUUUUCAAUGAUGCGAACCUUGGGUAUUAACCCUGAUGCGAUUAUUUUAACUAGUGUUCUCUCUGCUUGUUCUAGCCUAGGAACUCUUGACUUCGGCACAUGGGUCCAUGAGUACAUAAAUCAAAGACGAAUCAAAUGGGAUGUCCAUAUUGGAACUGCUAUUGUUGACAUGUAUGCCAAAUGUGGAUGUAUUGAAAUGGCACUGCAAAUCUUUUACAAUAUGCCUAAAAAAAAUACCUUCACUUGGAAUGCCUUGUUAUGUGGUCUGGCAAUGCAUGGACUUGUGUAUGAAGCAUUAAAUCUUUUUGAAGUGAUGAUAAAAUCUGGUGUCAAGCCUAACGAGGUAACAUUUCUAGCGAUUUUGACAGCUUGCUGCCAUUCUGGUCUGGUCAACGAAGGGCGCAAGUAUUUUAAUAACAUGAGUAGUCAACUUUAUAAUUUGUUGCCAAAGUUGGAGCAUUAUGGAUGCAUGAUUGAUUUGUUCUGUCGAGCUGGACUUUUGGAGGAAGCUGUGGAGUUGGCAAGGACCAUGCCAAUGAAGCCUGAUGUGCUUAUCUGGGGAGUUCUACUAAAUGCUUGCAAAACUGUUGGAAAUGUUGAUCUCUCUCAUCACAUACGAGAUUACAUCUUGGAACUUGAUCCAGAGGAUAGUGGAGUCUUCGUGCUGCUGUCCAAUAUAUCUGCUACUAAUGAAAGAUGGUCCGAUGUGAUUCGAUUAAGGAGGUUGAUGAAGGAUAGAGGUGUGGAAAAAGCACCCGGAUCAAGUGUCAUUGAGGUGGAUGGUAAGGCUCACGAGUUUGUGGCUGGAGAUAUUAGCCACCUCCAAACUAAAGAAAUUUACAAACUAUUAAGCCUCAUCAACUCUGUCUACCAUGAAAGUCAUUAGAUGCACCCGUUGUAGGUUGUUGGACCAUUUACAGACAUGUCUUUUGGGGAACAAUUUCUAACCCUGUGUAGGCUGGAUUAUCUUGAAGUUCUUGGCCAGAUGAAAAGGAUGGGGAUCCCUAUCUUCAUGUUUCAUUUCAAAGGCUUCUAACAAGAGAAGGAUAUUCCAACUUUGCCAUGAAGGCAGCAACUAAAUCCAGAAAGCUCUUUGGAGUUUCAAGAGUCAAGGUUGGGUUGGAGUUUGAAGGAAGAACAUCUGAAAUAUUUUUCAAUAAUAAUUGGACAAAGUGGCAAAUUAAUUAGAUGAUUUCAGAAAGCAGCCAGCAGUUUUAGUUGAUCAAGUGGAAGUCUUGCAGCAAGGGCGUAGACGAUAGUUUGGGGCCAUGAAAUUCCAUUACCACCACUCUGUCAUGUUAUCCUUCUGAAAGGAUGAAGUAGAAGAAAGAUGAAGAAGAGGCUGGCAAGUGUUGAAUGCUGAAUUUAGUAUCCUCUAUUAAUGUAAAGCUUAUAUCCUGAUAAGUGAGAAGGAUAAUAUCUUGGUCGUUAUUUUAGAGUACCACUUGAAUUUGGAUACUCUUUUCUUUUGAUUUGAUUGUAGGCUAUUAUCUAAUAAAAAAAAAUUGCAGGCUGUUAUUGUUUGUGUACUUAUAUACCAAAGAACUUAAUCACUCAUGAAUGGCAAUUACUGAAUCACAGUAUGCAUUUUCGUGCC